AUGUCUUCCGAAUUCGUGACUCUGGUUGUCGGAGACAAAAUGUUUCCCUAUGGCACCUAUGAUAACCUUCCUGUGCCCAAGUUACUUCGCUGUGCUAACUGGAGCCCUGCAACUGAUUACUGCAAGGGAGACGUGACCACGACUUGUCCAAAGUGCUUGCUUCCUGGGUAUUGUACCAUGAAGUGCAUGCUAGCAGAUUCUGCUCGUCACCGUGUCCAAUGCCAGUCAGACCUGGGCAAGGAGACGUGGAGAGCAACUUAUCCGGGUUACGACCAUUCUACUUCUGAUGCUGCCCCUAUCUCUGGCAGUAAUUCCGAUCCUGCUGUUUUUGGCCCUGGCGAUACUCCGAAAUCUCCUCCUCCUUCUAGCAGUUCUUCUGAUACUGAGACCACGUCUGGCAAUAUUUCUGAUGCUCCUGUUUUUGGCCCUGGCGAUACUCCAAAAUCUCCUCCUCCUUCUAGCAGUUCUUCUGAUACUGACACCACAUCUGGCAAUAUUUCUGAUGGUGAUGUUCCUACCGCUGGCGGUGCUUCUGAUGCUGCCGCUACGUCUGGCCGCAAUGCUGAUCCUGCUGUUCUUGCCGCUGGCAGUACUCCAAGUUCUCCUCCUCCUGCUAACAGUGCUUCUGAUGCUACCCCUGCGUCUGGCAGUACUUCUGGUGCUGUCCCUAUGCCUCGCAGCGAAAAAGGAAAAUUCGUCACGAGACGUCUUUGGGGCCGUACUCCUGCGGUCGACAUGCUCAAUCUCAAAAUGAAUGAGGGAUCAGACUUCCAAGGAGAUCUACAUCUUCUCCUCGAAGACUCAGCAGACCUUGCAAGUGUCUUCCUGACAAUCUCCGAGCUCCCCAAGACCUACACCGGCUCUAUCGAAUUUACAAUCAACAACCGUGGAGAUGAGAUUGUUUUCCGCAAUAUCAUCAUGCUUCUCCUUGCCUUUGGGGUCCGGAAGGAUGAGGGUACCGUUUUGAAUAAGCUUAUGGAUCUUCACGCCGUCAUCGACUGCAUGAUUCAUAUCUGGUACUCGCCUUUCCUAAUGAAGAGCCAUAUUGAUAUUCUUCAAAAUUUCAUCAAGCCCUUGUUUGACAAAGUCAAGGCCAAACUCCGGAUAAUCCGCACCAAUCGUCCAAACGUGACAACCAUGGUCCACGUAUGGAACUUGAAAUCGACUUCAAUCCAAGCCACUCUCAGCAUAGAGAAAUGGAACAAGCUCUUUACCUUUAUCGAGACGCCGGCUGGCUUGACAUUCGAAAAAGCCCAACAUCAUUUCGCCAAUCCUAUGAAGUGUGUCGUUACGGAACAUGUUCGCAAUCAUCGUUUCUGCCGUAUGCCACCUACUUGUCGACUCGCCCUUGCGAAGUACUAUGAAGAUGGAAUGAUGCUUUCGUUCGGAUGUCCGCGCCAGCUAUUCACAGAGCCCAAUCCUACAUUUUGGCAUGAUGCCGAUGCCCCCUUUCAACGAGGUGAUGGCGAUCCCCUCGAUGGGUGGAACCCAACUGAAGUGUUCAACAUAUGGUCUGGGCCAGCAAUCAACGACAUCUACGGCAAGCUCUGGAUUUAUCUCGGCAGCGUUCUUGUUCGCUUUUUUAAUCGCGUCAAGGAUCUGAAUGUCACUUUCAAGGUUCUGAAUUCUCGAUUUGAAGCUCUGCCUUGGGCUUUGGGGGACACUAAGUUUGACAGAAUCGAUACCUCAAACAUCAUAGACCGUGGGCGUCGUGGUGCGCAGGCAACGCUCGGCACCUUGUCCGGCCUUCUCCAGCCUCGCAACAAGAACGUCCAUGCAGUGCUGAUGACUCGAUUCGAGAACGCUGUUUCUGCGUCUCUCACGCCAAACAACACCAAGCUCAUCAGACCCCCAAAGUCGUCCGCGAACUACAACAAGCUUCAGAGCUUCUUCGAGGGCGACUUCAGCAAGGCAAUCCGCUUUGGCGAUCCUGAAACAAUCAAGAUCCUGGUAACUCAGCGUCUUGUCUGUUACUACGACGCCAUCUGGGAGCGGUAUGCCAGGGAAGAGUCCCUUGCGCAAAUCGGGCACGAGUGCGAGCUUCAGCCAAAGAAGAAGCACACCAUCAUCGGCGAAUGGCCCAACGCAAUGAAGCUGCCUCUUGGUCGUUCAGAGACCGAGAAAAAUCUGGCUGGAAUUGAAUUCCACCAGCUUGUUGCCGCAGGCCUUUCGCCGAUGAUGCGAUGUGUGGAGUGGCAGAAGGACGAGAACAAGUGGGACCCGCUCGCCAUGUGGGUCUUGAAUUCGGUCCUCCCUUGCCCACGUUGUGGCUCAAUCGAGCAUCUGACCUGGGAGUGCUGCUUGCGCCGUGGACGUAGACGGCGAAGUUAA